AUGGAUGACAAAUUGAAGAUAAUGUCCGGAAUGGAGCCCGUCAACUGGUUAUGCGACAAAUAUAGUAUUUGCAGGGAAGAACAAUUGCCAAUCUCCUCCGGAAUCUUUCCGUUGAUAGCUCAAGCUGAGGUAAAGCGCCAAACCACACCGGAAUUUGUCCGGUCAAUGAAUUGGCUUCCAUAUCUAUAUGCCUCAGGCCCUGCAAGAGGGACAACUCUUGAGACGCAUUAUCUCAAGCUGAGGAAAUGCUCCGAACCAGGUUGGUAUUUGUCCGGCAAACGAGUUGAAUCCAAUAUCUAUAGACCUCAGGCGGCGCAGACGAGACAGCUCACGAGGUAUGGGCCCCGUGAAAUUAUUAUAACUCAUUAUCUUAAAAACGUCAAGUUCCCAAGAUGUGGGGACAGAGUUCCUCUGAGGCCAAAACCGGAAAUGUUAAGUCCCGUGACUCUGUCAUUGUGUUUGGUGCUGCACGAAACACCAAUCCAUUGGCAAACAGAGGAGGAAGAGGUAUCGAUCGACCAGUUUGUGGCCAGGAUACGGUAA